CAACGUCCAAGCGCUGGGAUUAGGUGAUUGAACCCGUGAUCGUCCAGCUCCGCCGCCGCAGACGGAGACCCCCAGCCUCCAGCCGCUGUUGGAGGAAGAAGAAGCUGCACAAUAAGCCUUGGUGGUGAUGGCUCUGCAUUCAGCUCGAAGCAGCAAAGUGUGCCGGCUUUCAGUCAUGCCUAAGCUCGUCCUGUCUCUCCUGCUCCUGACUGGAUGCCAGAAUGGUCUCUACGUGUCCUCCUCAGAGCCUCGGAAGGAUGGGGGUGACAACGACAGCGCAGUUUUCACCAGGAUCCUGGACGGACUGCUCGACGGUUACGACAACAGACUUCGGCCAGGGCUCGGAGAGAACGUCACAGAGAUUAAAACCAACAUUUUUGUCACCAGCUUUGGCCCAGUGUCCGACACGGAGAUGGAAUACACCAUAGACGUGUUCUUCCGCCAGAGUUGGAAGGAUGAACGUCUGUGCUUCAAAGGACCGAUGGAGAUGUUGCCAUUAAACAACCUGUUAGCCAGCAACAUCUGGACCCCUGAUACCUUCUUCCUUAAUGGCAAGAAGUCUAUUGCUCAUAACAUGACCACGCCCAACAAGCUGCUGAGGCUGAAGGACGACGGCACCUUGCUCUACACUAUGAGAUUGACCAUAUCAGCAGAAUGCCCCAUGCAGCUGGAGGAUUUCCCCAUGGAUGCACACGCCUGCCCUCUGAAGUUUGGCAGCUAUGCCUAUCCAGUGUCCGAGGUGGUCUAUACGUGGACUCAGGGUGCUGCUAAGUCUGUGGUGGUGGCUGAGGAUGGCUCCAGACUCAACCAGUACCAUCUUAUUGGACAAACCGCCGGCACAGAGGACAUACACACAAGCAGAGGACAGUAUACAGUGAUGAUGGCCCACUUCUACCUGAAGAGGAAGAUUGGAUAUUUUGUCAUCCAGACAUAUAUGCCUUGUUUCAUGACUGUGAUCCUGUCCCAGGUGUCAUUUUGGCUAAAUAGAGAAUCUGUUCCUGCAAGAACCGUCUUUGGGGUGACAACUGUGCUGACCAUGACCACACUCAGCAUUAGUGCCAGGAACUCGCUCCCUAAAGUGGCCUAUGCUACAGCCAUGGACUGGUUCAUUGCCGUCUGCUACGCUUUCGUCUUCUCUGCCCUCAUCGAGUUUGCCACUGUGAACUACUUCACCAAGAGGAGCUGGGCCUGGGAUGGCAAGAAGGCUCUGGAGGCACAGCAUCCAAAGAAACGAGACCCCAUGGUGCUCUCAAAGAAGUCCAACAACGUUUGCUCGGCGGGUGUCAACUACACGCCCAACCUCACCAAGGACGUGUCCAUCUCCACCAUUUCCAACACCACCUCGGUCCAGCUACGAGCCUCUGAGACCAAGGUGGUCGACCCCAAGAAGACCUAUAAUAGCGUCAGCAAGAUUGACAAGAUGUCACGGAUAGUCUUCCCCGUCCUGUUUGGAACCUUCAACCUUGUCUACUGGGCCACAUACCUUAACAGAGAACCGGUGGUGAAAGGAGCCGUCAUCUCAACGUAAACACUCUCAUUUCUCCUUUUUUUGUUCUGAGAGACCGCGAGUUUGAGUAAGAGAGGGAGCGUUUGCCUGACUGGAGAGUGGGUCGACUAAAAAGAGGCUGUUGCAAGGUCUCUGUUCUAGACAAAAAUACAUAAAAAGAAAUAUCUGCGCUUGAAGAACAAAAACAAUCCAUGCUCAAUUAUCUAAUUCAAGCACUUUGAAUGGAUGCAAGGCUGCAUCACUCUUUCUAGUUUUUCAUGGCCUAAAAACUGCUUGAUCACAAAGAAACUGCUUUUAGGACAAUGGUGAUGAGGGUCUUUGCUUCUUUAUCAUCUACUCUGCUACGAUUUGCAUGACGCUCUUCUCAUAAGGAAACCACGGAGUAUUUUUUUGUCUUGAAUACUGACCAUAUGUAUGUAUGUCAAUCACUGCAUAAAGAGUCUCACUACUUCUGCUGGAAGAAGUGCUUUAAACAAAUCUACAGCAGGCUAAGUUUAAACACAUCGUAUUAUCAUGGAGGCUUCAGGUGCCCUGUAUUAAAACAAAAAAACUGCGCCCUAUGAUGUGUUUAAAUUUCAACAGUGGAUUUCAAAAAAAUGUACUUAAUUCCACACUUAGUGGAAGAACAUCUCUCGAGAUGAAUGCUGCAUUAAGUGCAUUAAUAAUUUAGUUUUAUGUCUCGUUUUAGAAAACCUUUGCCGUUUACUUUCUCCUAUUGCAGUGGGAGCUUGCGUGUCUCUUUGUACAUUUUUACUUGAAGAUUCGAAGCCGACUGCUGCAGGCCUGGCUUCCCAAAAGCACCAGUAGUUGGUGUCAGCGAAGAAUGAAUUUCAAUGUAAAGAUUCUUAAAAAGUCAUAAUUUAUGGCAGAAUGUUAAAGAAUAUAGGGAAAUAACUGGCCUACUUACAGUUGCUGACUGGACAGCUGUGACUAGUGUGUUAGGGACAAUUUCCCAGAUUGGAUGUAUGUGCUUUAACUGAAUUUUAAGUGUAGGUCAGUCAGCUAGGAAACUAAUAUUCACAGCUGAGAGAUCAGUGCUUAACUGUGUCACAUACAAAUGAGUGGAGUAGCGCUGGAGCUGCCUUCGGUUUGAGGUUCGGAAGAUAUAAGGUCCACGUCUCUUGCUCUAAGUUUCACUUUUACAAGGAUACGUUUGACCAUGUUGUAGUUUUAAUGAUCAGACUUCAGGUGCAACGCUUAAAUUAGUUAGUUGCUGUUCAUCGCAGCAGUAACUUUUCAGUUUUUCAUACAUUGCUCUGGUCUCUUAAAACUCUUUGCCUUUCAUUAUCAAGUUUGUUGAGAGGCUGAGGAGUGUGAGCAUGCCUUAAAGCUACAAAGGUUUUGGGAUAUUAGGCUGAGACUCAUAGAGGAAUCAUGUAAAUAGAGGGUUUUCAACUUGAUUAUUUACUUAGACACAAAACAGACAUCUUGAGGUUCUCUUGUUUAUGUUUUAAAGAUGUUAGAAGAAAAAAAAGCCAAAGUGUAAUGUUGACUUUAAAUUCCGACCGUGUUUAAUUGCUUAAUGUUUUCGUGUAUUCGUGAGAGAUUCUUUUCCUCCUGUUGCUUGUAGAAAAGUUUACUGUACAUCCGACCAAACUUAGCUUUUAAUCUUUCGACUAAACCUGAUUUUCAUGUAUUUAUUUCUACUCUGGCUUAAUUAAACUGGAAGCAAUGAGCACACAUUACAGCAUCAUGGUUCGAGCCCGCCACAGCACAGCAUGCGUAAUUUCUGUUGGACUGUGGUGCGAUGUACUCAGGAACAAAAUGGACCUAUAUGCUCCCUCCAAAAGAGUUGCCUCAGAGUCACUGCUUGAUAACUCGUGGAUGAAAAAUGGACUAUAAACACUAUAGGUCACUCUGUCAUCUGCUGCUGGGAGUUUCCCCAGAUGAAUGGCUUGGUGAAAAAUCAUGUAAAUAAAGAUGACAUCAGCUGCUACUGUAGACAUUGCUCUGUGAAAUAUAUCUAUUAAGAUAUGAGUUAAACAUUUUCCAGGUUGUUUUUAUUGGAUUCUUUUUGCCCUGCUACCCUGUGGUUUUAUGAGCUGCUUUGGAUGGAUGUUGAAACCGCCACUUGUGUAGAUGCAAUGCGUUGUCAUGUUUCAAAUGCACCGUUGAUGUUGGUUGUGUAGCGUAAAGCUAAGAACCGCAGACUGCAGCCACAGCUCUUGUUCAAGCACAGUAGCAACGUUAAAGGGAGCUUGGUGUAAUGUAGUUUAGAGCAGUCUAUACAGCUGUCGGCAUGGCAACCAAGCAGAGAUGAACAUACUGUACCAGACAUCCCCUGAUACGACUUCCAAGCUUUUUGUUUUGUCUGGGUUUUUUUCUUUUGCAGUUUUGUGUCUGACUCUUCUUGUGCAGAGUUGCAUUUUCCACUAGUUUCUGGCUUCGUCUGCAGCAGUUGAGUACAGUAUUUCACAGCAUUCCACGACUGAGCUGCCAAGCCUUAUUUCAAGUUAUGCUCCCAAAAGAAAUGAAACUCUAAUGAGCAUUAGGUCCCUAAUGAUGUACGUGUGCCCUCUAUUCUUUUGUCCACCAGCAGUCCACAGCUUUGCUCCGCUCUGAAAUGUUUCACUAACUAAUGCACGGAGCUUCUUCCAUCAUAUUCUGUACCAACUUGUGUGAAUGAAAUAUGAUCACUUUGGUGACCCCUUGACCUUUCUUCUAGACCCUUUAUUGGCUUAAACUUUGCCAAGAACUUCAACCUAAAUUUCCUUUAUACUAAUUAGCAGAGGUAAUUUGCUUUAAAGCUGCGCAUUUAUUUAUGUAUUCAAGUGGAAAUGCAACUCACAGCUGCAUUAAAGAGAUUAUUUACAUGCUUGAAUGGCCUUUCGUGUAAGGUGGAGGUGUCUAAAGGGCUGACAGUAAAGUCAGUCAAAUCAGACCACAUAUUCAAGUUAGCGCACGUCCAUUGUGCUGCAGCUCGGUGGCCUAUCCAUCCAUACGUACUGUUCAGCUUUCUCCUCAUCCGAGGAACGAGUGCCCCCACCCAUCCAUACGUCACUUUAACCACCCCACUCUUCUCCUGCCCGCCCCUCCCGCCUUCCCCCAGCCACUGUGACAGACUCAUCUGCCAUACAUCUGUUAGAAAACGGAUUUAGUUCUGCUUAAGUUGCUUUCACCCGCUCGCAGGCGCCCCUCGCUACAAGGCGGUGUGCUCUAAGCUGAGACUGUCCCAACCUGUGACACACAUUUGUUUUUCUGCGUGUGGUGUGUGUGGACAGCCGUGGCUGCUGCGCGUUAGGGACACAUUUAGGAUUGGUUACGUGAACUUUAUCCAGAGCGAGCUCAUGGCCAGUGAAGCAGCCUGAAGUGUUGAACUUCAGCUUCACGACCGAGGGACGUUACACACAUGCAGCUUAAAGAGACUUCACGUUUGCAAUGGCAACAGUUGUCUACUGCAGGAGGACGGCUGACACACAUUGCACAUCGAUGAUGACGUUUCUUUUAUGUUCAAGCAUCACAAGAUAUCUCGAAAAACCCGUGCUUCAAUACCUGCGACAAUGCAGGAAAAGACAUUGUAUCUAAAGCUGAGCUUUUUUGUGUUAUGUACUGUAUUUGUUUUAUGUAUUAGACUUAACAUGAUUGAAUAAAACAAUAAAUAAAACCGGAACUCAUAAGUUAUAAAACAGA